AUGGUGAAGCUCUUUGUGACGGACUAUGACCCAACCAUUGAGGACAGCUACAUUCAACAUACUGAGAUAGAUGGCCAAUGGUACCGAAGGUCCAACGUAUACCAUCAGUGUUCUCUGCACAUACCCAACAUGAAUUUGGGAAGAAUGGCAACACUUCCAAGUGCAAAGGAAAAAGUUGAGAAUUUGAAAGCACAUUUAAAGCAGGGAGAUGUAGAAGCAGCUCUUGGGCUUCUUGUGGGAUUGACUGAUGAUUUGAAGAAGCUGGAUGAUGAAGAGAGGCAAGGAAGGCUUGUGGUGGCUGUCAUUCAUGCUGCAUAUCAUGACUAUCUAGAAUGCCUAACUCCUGAUUCUGCCCAUGAAACCCCUGAAACUACAUUCAAUACUUUGAUUGUUCCACCUUAUGUUGCCUUAAUUUGUACUGUGAUUAGAUUUGCUGCUACUGCUACAAAAUGCAAUAUCCACAACUUGCUGCUCUUUUGUGGCAAAACCUUGGUUUUCUGCAAGAAAUUGCAGCUGCCUGUGCCUGUGCAGAAGUCCAUGAUCCAACUUGUCAUCUCAGAACUAUCAAGCACUAUCACUGCUCAUGUGAAAGAAGUUGACAGAGCAGUAAUUGUGAAACUGGCUAGGCUCAGUGGAGACUUUUGUUGUCUGGUCACAUCAGAUGACAAGGGCUAUCAGACACUCUAUGCAAUCAGAUCUCUUUUGGCUGACCUGGAUACCAAAUCCUCUUUAUUUGAUGUCAUUGGUUACCUGCAAAGGCUCUUGGAUUUAGUCAUUGGCUUCUUCCAGCUCACGGAUAAGGAGGAGAAACUGUCAGCUGUGUUUGGUCCAAGUGGGAUGAUUAAAGAUGUGUAUAAUGCCCUAGCUGAUGGGGAUAAAUGGGCAAGUGAGAGUCUCUUGGCAUUCAAUAAUCUCUUGCUCCAGGCUGUGCAAAUGUGGCAAAAAGAACUCAAUAAGAACAACUGGACAGACAUUGUGAAGAAUAUGGUGUCAAGUGCUGGCUCAAUAGAGAAUUUGAUUUCUGCCUUCAAGAACCUUGGCCUCCUUUUGAGGCCACCACAGGAGGCAAAUAAACAGGCUGACUCAGUUCGCAGCAUUCAUGCUACCCGUGUAUAUGACAUCCUCCUCUCCAUCACUCAAAUGCAUUGGAAGACUUUACCAAAUAGGCCAGAGAAUAUAGAACAUCAUGUCAAGGAGAUCCUCUGCCUGAUGGGACUGUGCUCUGAAGCUCUGGGCUCCUGCAAGGACAAUGUAGACAAAAAUGUUCUAGCUGAAAUGGAUAUCUUUGAUCGAAAUGCCUUCUUCCAUGCACAGCUUUAUCUGAAGUGGCAGAUGCCUACAGCUGUCACACAGGCUUGUAAGACUUGCCUGCAUCUUUUGGAUGAAUUCCCACAGAUUGAACGUACUGUGAAGAACUAUGUGCAUUUCCUGUACAUGAUGGCUGAUGCUCAGCUGCUCCUUGAAGAUGAAAAGAGCUUCUUAUGCACUCUUACGGAAGCUUUGCAAUGGAGUGUGGAGUCUGUGCCAUUCAUGAUGGGUCCAUGGAAACGACUGAAAAAGGUUAAUCCCAUCUGGCAGGAAAAGUCCCUAUUGGAUGUCAUGGAGGAUCUGGGAGUGCUGAGCCUGAUCUCAGAUUCUGAUGCUGCCAACAUUCUCAUUGAGGAACUACGUCAGAGUAUUGAUCGGUGUAUCAUUAACAAGGGACUUCUUGACUCCAAUCUGAGAUUCUCAAAACCUCUGAAGAUGACAGAUGGGCAGCAGAUACUCUUUGUACUUACAUUCUCUGAGGCUGCAUUUUGCAUUUCAGAAUUUAAUUCUGAGCCCAUUUUAGCACUUCUCCAGGAAUCUCUUGAAUUGCAAUGUGAAGAUGCAAUCCUUCGGGCUGAAAACAACUUGUGGCUCUACUUAUGGAAAGAGAAACAGCACCAGCAGAUGCUUGAGGCAAGUAACCUGAUGCCCGACAAGAUUACGGUACGACUACAAAAGGCAGUCCUAGGUGAGGAGCAGAACAAGGAUGAUGUAUGUGGGGUGGCUCCUUCAUACACAUCCCUUUCUCUGGGAGCACAUGUAGACCGUCUGCGUCAUCUUGAUUCUGCUCUUCAAAUACUCAGGAAAUUAGAUGAGCAGGGAGUGCUUAAGGAGGAAGAAGGGACAGGGAUGUUUGGGAAGCUGCAUCUGGUUGCCCUACAUCUACUCUCUCAUGGUCAUGUCACUCGUGCCUCUGACACUUUGCUUCUUCGUCUACACUUGGCUCUUCAACUUGAUGACCCUACCAAGAUUCUUCAAGCUGGGAUAGACAUCCUGGAUCAGUGUCCCUGGAAGCUGGAAGAGCCCUGGAGCAUCAUCUCAACCCUGGAAGCACAGCUGGAGAAAUGUAGUGGAAGCGUGGACAAGCUUAGACUCUCUCUUCUUGUGGGAAAGGCCAAGAUCUGCUUCUACACCGGCAAGACCAAGAAAGGGUUCCAAGCAUUGGAUCAGGUGUUCCGAGAUCCUUACUUGGAGCAGCACACUUACUCAUCUAGUCGCAUUGAGGCCAAGGCCUUGAUUCUCCUCUCAAAAUAUCUUCUCAUUCCUAUGGGUACACUUCCCAAGUCCCUUCAGCCAUUAGCAAGAUGCUAUCAACUGAUUUUCACCCCUGAGGUGGCAUUAACAAAUGCCUUUCGCACUCUUGCUGGAUGUCUGAAGGCCAUUGCCAAGGAGAAAACUGGUGUGAAGCCAGAGGAUGUUUACGAGACAGUGUUGGUCUUCAUCAACUGCAGCCUUGAAGUUGGGGAAUGGUAUGUUUCCCUAUCUCUUCCCCGGGAAAUCCGUGCAUACACACGAGAGGCACUCUUCUUCACCCAACGGGCUGGAUACUCUCUCCCGACUGGGAAAUUGCUGGCCCUGGCUGGACGUGCUGAUCUACUAUGUGAGAAGGAGGAUGAGACAACGGAGAAGCUGCAUUGCAUCUCAGACAUUCUCAGUAUGGAGUCCCGAGCUAAUCCAACGCCCAAGAUCAUGCAGACCUGUAGCAGGGAAGCAUCUCUAUCUGCCAAGAAGACACCAAGACUGGGACCAGUCACUGUGCGACAGAGUGGAUCUAUGUCUGAUGAUGAUGAUUCAUUUGUGAUUCCUUCUCUUGUCUCAAAUAUGAAGUAUGUGAGUUUGAAGGACAGCACAGAUGACUCAUGCACCAUGUCGCCCUCGUCACUCUUCUUGAAACCCGAAGAACCAAAAUACCUGGAAGCCAUGCUGCAACACAAUUGUAGUCAUUCAUCUGAUUGUAUCCUGUGUGAAAAUGUCCUCCUGCGCUCUUUAAUAGUUGAUGCAGUAUUGAUUCAAGUUGAUCUGUAUGUCAUGAAGAAGUGCUUUGAUGAUGCUCUGAAGAUUAUCAAACAAGCUGAAACUAUCUUCACCAGUCAGCAAGGUUUUCAGGCUGCUCUCAUCACUCUGCAUAAACUCAGGGUGGUGGUGAUGAGUGGAGAACUGAAGUUGAGGAAGGAAGAACCAGAGUCCGCCUUGGCAUCUGUGAAUGAGGGAAUGAAGCUCUUUCACUCCCUUCAGUAUCAUCCGGGGCUGGUCCUUGAGCAUUAUCGCACCCUCCAUCUCCAGUUGGAACUUCUCUCCCGCCAAUGUCAGAGAGUCAUCCAGGAGGGAAAAGAAAAGAAGGAAAAGAAGCAACUACAGCAGCAUCUUGCACUUCCUUCCAAGGGAGGGAAGAAGCCAGAUAAAGGAGUGAAGGAAAUGUUGGAGAAGAGGCACACGGGUAUGAAGUCGCCGUUCAGGAACUUGGCCCAUCGCUCCAACACCCCUCCGUCGACGGGGAAGUCCAUGCUGUUCCAGAGUCCUCCUCAGGCCCCGCCGCGCGAGCGCCGCAUUCACGGCGGGCUCGUGAGGGCGACGCCGGAGAAGACGUUGGACGAGCCGAUCCUCGAUGCGUCUCCCGUGACCCUCGAACCGGAAGCGGAGGAAGAACCGAAGACCCCGGAGAAUUUGGCUCGGGUCAAGGUCACAUACGGCAAGGGAAGGAAGAAGUCCCGCAGUCUGUCCUCGCCGCCGUCGGAUCACGUCGUUCUCCCGCAACUCCCCGUCGUCUACCAAGAUCCUCCGGCUCCCGCCCGACCGAGCGCUCGUUCCAGAGUCAGGCGCAAGUAGUCACCGUUUAGUUCUUUACCUUGUCGGCUUUCACGAAUUUCUUAUUUCAUUGUAUCCGAAUGACUCUCCAUGCAAUGUGACCAGAUCUCAUUUUGAAAUGUCUUUUUUUUUCAAAUUCCUUCAGAUGGAUUUUAUCUGCAUGUCUAAAUGCC